GCGGCGGCGGCCCGGCGGGGGGAUGGGGGACAAGUGGAGAGAGCGGCCCAGAUGCACAUCAUCCACGGUCCCUCGGGAGUGGAGGGACUCGUGAGAGCCAGAACCCAGAAAUCCGGGGGCAGAUAAGACACCGCGUCCCCUCCAAUUCCCGUAAGCACCCCUUGCUCCAUCCUGCGCCCAAAUACCUCAGCUAGCCCCUCUCCCCACUCUUUACACUCCAAACUCAGCCGGGACAGACCUCCGCAGCCACCGCUCCCCACCCCGCAGGAGAAGCUCAGAGGUCCUGUCCCCCUUUCCUCUGAGGGACUAUUUUUGGUGACCACAAAAGGAUUUGAUCACUCAGGACAAAGCUAGCAGAGGAGCUCUGGACGACGGCUGGAGGCCAACAGUCCCUACAGGUGGUGCCCAGGGUGAUGUACUGACAAUGAGCGGGUGUUUUCCAGUUGCUGGCCUCCGAUGCCUGUCUAGGGUCUUGGAUAUGCCAGCGCCUCUGGCCGUGGCCCGCUAACCAGCCUCUCCCCGGCCGGCUCCCGCCGCGCCCCCCCUCGCUUGCUCCCUCCUCCUGCUCCUCUCUCCCCUGCUCCCAGGACAGCGGGAUGGCUGCGCAGGGCGCACCGCGCUUCCUCCUGACCUUCGACUUUGACGAGACUAUCGUGGAUGAAAACAGCGACGACUCCAUCGUGCGCGCCGCGCCGGGCCAGCGGCUGCCUGAGAGCCUGCGUGCCACCUACCGCGAGGGCUUCUACAACGAGUACAUGCAGCGCGUCUUCCAGUACCUGGGCGAGCAGGGCGUGCGGCCGCGGGACCUGCGCGCCAUCUACGAGGCCAUCCCCCUGUCGCCCGGCAUGGGCGAGCUGCUGCAGUUUGUGGCCAAGCAGGGCGCCUGCUUUGAGGUUAUUCUUAUCUCAGACGCCAACACCUUUGGCGUGGAGAGUGCGCUGCGCGCCGCCGGCCACCACGGCCUGUUCCGCCGCAUCUUCAGCAACCCGUCGGGGCCAGACGCUCGGGGGCUGCUGGCGCUGCGGCCCUUCCACGCGCACAGCUGCGCUCGCUGCCCCGCCAACAUGUGCAAGCACAAGGUGCUCAGCGACUACCUGCGCGAGCGGGCCCACGACGGCGUGCACUUCGAGCGCCUUUUCUACGUGGGCGACGGCGCCAACGACUUCUGCCCCAUGGGGGUGCUGGCAGAAGGCGACGUGGCCUUCCCGCGCCGCAGCUACCCCAUGCACCGCCUUAUCCAGGAGGCGCAGAAGGCCGAGCCCAGCUCCUUCCGCGCCAGGGUGGUGCCCUGGGAAACCGCCACCGAAGUGCGCCUCCAUCUGCAACAGGUGCUGAAGACGUGCUGAGGACGUGGCCUGCAGGGGGCACCCGGGCGGGGAGGGGGUGAGGGGGUGGGGGUCGGGAAAGACAAACCUAGCUUUAUUACCCCCUUUCCCUUUCGCUUUGGUAUGACCCUCCGGGAAUUUCCGGAAUCCUAGGUUCGUCCAUUUGGGGACUGGAGGAGGGAGUUCAGAGCUGUCCCCGUCUAUGCAGUUAACCCAGCUCUGCUGCCUCCCCCAUUUCCACUGCAAGCAAAUUCCGGAGUCUGCCCCACCCGGGUGGUGCGCAUACCUGAGCAGGCAGCAGUGUUUCCAGAAACCUGGUCCUCCCAGCUGGGAGGAAGGCGUUCCCUGGCAGGGUAGAGAAGGAACAUCUCCCGCUGCGUUGGGUUAACUGUUGCCUUGGGCUGCAUGACCUCCCUCCCCCAGCCUUCUGUCAAGGCGACCCAGGUCCUGCACUCUCCACCACCCCCUCCCCCGCACCGGACUCCCCGCGGAGAGAGGUGGCGCUCUCUGCCGACGGUCCCAGGCCUAGAUCUUGCUUUACCUACUGUGACCCUACACUGCACUCCUUGCCUCCCUCCCCCCCCCCACCCUGUCAGCAUCCCAACAGGAAAAAAAGCCAGAGGGCACAGACACCUCCUGGUGGUGGAAUGAGGUAGCACACUGUCCGGGUCUCGGGUCUGGCCAGCCAGGGACCUCACAGACCAUGAAGAUAUCUCCUCGCACCCCAGCCUCGUCUAUGCAGCAAGAAACCAGGGACUUAACCAAAGUUGCCCCGCCGACUGGGCCCUCUGAGUCCCCCUUCUCCCGUAUGGAACAGAAAGCCAUGAUGUUUUAAAGCAGAGCCAGUGGAAACCCAAGGCCCUCCUCUUUUGGUGUUUCAGAGCUAUAAAGGAGGUGAA